UAUAAUUUCGAAUAACAAAAACUUUCUAGGGAGGUCAUUGGAUUCGCCAAGUUUAGAGAAGAUUGUUUGAAAAAUGGGGGAUUACACACCUUUAGAAUGAAGUGAUUUAUUUCCCGUUUAAAUGAUAUAUAAUGGUGAUUUAUGGUGUUUGAUAAGAUUGUUAUAAGAUUUAACCAAUGUACAGAUAUUGAAUAGCAAAUUGGAAAGAUAAGAAAGAGAAAUGGAUGGUGGGGAGUCUGUCAGGUCAGGUCGCAGCGAAAGAUCAGAGAGGUCACAUCGUAGUCAUGGCAGCUCGCAUCACCCUCGACAACAUCAUCAUCGAGGUUCGAGUGGGCGACCAAACAGCAAUCAUAGAGACCGCAGAGAAAGAGACCGGGAUGAUCGUUCGGUAACGAUAAAGACGCCAGGUCAAGGGUCGGAUGUUGAAGGAGAAGAGAGAAUACAGGUUCAAGUUAUACAACAAGAUGAUAACUGGGGCGAUAACACCACCGCCAUUACUGGUAAUACCAGUGAAACCGGCUUCUCCAUGGAAGAUAUGAGAAAAUUCGCAAAAGAAAUGGAUGACGGUUAUAGUGUAGGCUUUGAUUGUGCUCGUUACGUUGGGACAGCUUUAGCUGCCGUUCUCAGUAUCUUUGGAUUUUUGUCUCCAAUUGCUAUGAUUGUCUUACCCAAAUUAGGUAUUUUUGAGUGGAAGGCGCUGACCUUUGGUACUGAAAUAGACCCUAUGCAGUGUCGGCCGGAAUGUGAAGGCCUCCUCAUCAGUUUUGCCUUUAAACUUUUGAUUCUACUGCUGGGAACGAUUGCUUUAUUUUUCCGACAACCAAAAGCCACCAUGCCAAGAGUUUUUGUAUUCCGUGCUGUUGUUUUAUUUCUAGUGUUUGUAUUGACCUUUGCCUUCUGGCUAUUUUAUGGUGUUCGUAUCUUAAAGGCGAGAGAGACUCAUUAUUACGCCAUUGUUCAGUUUGCCGUAUAUUUAGUUGACGGUUUACUUUUUAUACACUACCUAGCAGUCGCACUGCUAGAAAUACGGCAACUUCAACCUCAAUUUGUCAUCAAGGUCGUAAGGUCACCUGACGGCAAAUCACAGUGUUACAACAUUGGAUUAUUGAGUAUUCAAAGAGCAGCCGUCUGGAUGCUGGAACAGUAUUAUAAAGAUUUUGAAGUCUACAAUCCAUAUUUGGAAAAUGCUACUAAAAAGCCUGCCAAACUAACUGGAUUUAAAGUUUACGAUGUUGAUGGGGGACCAAAUCAGACAAAUCAACAAGGUCGUUCUAGAGCAGUAUUUGCUGCUGCUGCCAGAAGACGUGAUGCUAGUCAUAAUGAUAGAUUUUACGAGGAAGCCGAGUACGAAAGACGUAUUAGAAAACGUAAAGCCCGUUUAAUAGUAGCAGCCGAAGAAGCUUUUUCUCAUAUUAAACGAAUGCAGGAGGAACAAGGCAAUGUUUGUAUAACUAGUAAAUUAUUGUCCUCUGUUUUAACAGGACCAGCUAUACCAAUGGAUCCGCAGGAAGCCGCUCAGGCAGUAUUCCCCUCCAUGGCUAGAGCUCUACAGAAAUAUCUGCGUAUCACACGUCAACAACCUCGCUACACUUUUGAAUCGGUGCUCAACCAUUUGGCCGUGUGUAUCGGCCACGAUAUUAGUCCUCGAGCAUUCGUAGAAAAAUACUUAAGCCAGGGUGCUGUUAUAAUGAAUGAAAAAGACUAUAAAUCCAUGCAACGGUGGGUGCUAGUGUGCGAUCAGUUGUUAACGCGCGAAAUUGAACACGGAACAUACUUUCAACUUCGUCAAGGCGAAGUUUCACUUCUGUGUACAGUGAGGAAAAUCCCACAUUUUAGUCUGACAGAGGAAGUUAUAGAUCCAAAAAGUAAUAAGUUUGUUUUACGUCUAAAUUCAGAAACUUCAGUCUGAGUUUUAGAUUUUUUUGUGACUUUUGUAAAUUGUAGUUCAUAAUUAGUUCAUUUUUUUUUUACAUAAGAAAUAUAAUGUGCAAUUUAUUUGCUGUGUGGUUGUGACGAUGUUAAGUCUAUCUGAUCUCGUGAUGAGUUGGGUAGAUCAUUAAGUCUAUCUGAUCUCGUGAUGAGUUGGGUAGAUCAUUAAGUCUAUCUGAUCUCGUGAUGAGUUGGGUAGAUCAUUAAGUCUAUCUGAUCUCAUGAUGAGUUGGGUAGAUCAUUAAGUCUAUCUGAACUCGUGAUGAGUUGGGUAUAUCGUUAAGUCUAUCUGAUCUCGUGAUGAGUUGGGUAGAUCAUUAAGUCUGUCUGAUCUCGUGAUGAGUUGGGUAGAUCAUACAAAUGUACAUGUAGAUCAUGUCUGUUUAUCAAUUAAAUUACUACAGCAUCAUUAAGUUGUGCAAAGUGUAGUCUAGAUUCGAGAAUCUGAUUUGAGGAAAUAAGCCUAUUUUUCUGUUCAUAAUAUCUUUACGCAAGCCCCCGUGUUUUUUUUAUUAAUCCUACGUCUACCGAUACAUGUACCCAUAUUAAAAUAAUUUAGUGCAAUCUACAAAUUGUCUUCUGCUGUCAUCUUUAAUGGCUGACGUUUAAUGAUUAAGACUAUGAAUAAAGACUAAUGUUUCCUCAAUUCAUUUUCUAAAUCGUAGACUUCUACAUUAAUCAAAAGCUUCCAAAGAUCCUUUUUUUUUGUAUAAAAUUUUUAUGUUGUCCUAUUGGAGACUAUCAUCUCAUGUUGUCCUAUUGGAGACUAUCAUCUCAUUCUCAUAGUAACUUCCAUAUAAAAUAUAAAAUCAGAGAACUUCUUGAUUGUCUUCAUAGUGAUUUUUACUGGUCAGAGGUAGACAUGGAAAGCAGCCCCUGGUUGCCAAGUUGAACCAAUGUGAAGAUAACUGAUUAAUUCUCGGAUUAUUGUUUUUCUGUGUGAAUAUUUUUAUCUCUUGUAAAAUAUCUGUACAUAAUUCAUCUUUAUUUCAUUUUAUUUUAUACGUUUACCUUCUUUCAUUGUGAAAAUGAACUUUUUGUAAUCGAAUUUGCAUCUGAAAAUCAUUCAAUACAUUUAUACAUUUGAAUUGUUUCAUUCAUAAGAUAUGUGCUAAAUUUCAUUGAUAUUUUGAUGUGUCACAUGUAUUUGAUAUAAUGAUUGUUGCAUGAACUAAUACGCUGAUCAUUAAUCUCUAAAUCGACCAACUUUGGCAAUUUUUAAUUCAGUAAUUUGUGAAAAAAAAAAAAUAAUGAAAAAAAAUAUCUUCAUGGACCAGAUACAGAUGUUUUGUGUUGGCUUAUUGUUACAUCAUUUGUCAGUUCAUCUUUUACACAAAUUCCAAAGAAAUUUUAUUGUUUACAUUAAAUAUACCUACAUUUUUACUAACAUGUAUGGACAAAUAAAUAUAUAAAGCUUAUCAACAUAGAAUAAGAAUAAAUUGAAUUUUAUUGUAUUUGUAAUUCGAGUAAUGACCUAUAUAUGACCUAUAUAAAUGUGGACUUAUAUUGGACUUCAAUUUUGUCUGCGAUAUCAAGGGACAUUAAACUCGCCCUCAAGUCAAGUGGACUUAUCAGGCCUUAUCCAGGUACAUGUGUAUAAUCCUCAUUGGAAUAAAAUCUCUUGUAUUAAGUCACAUUUGUGAUGACAAAUAUCAAAUAUAGAGUUCUACUCCUGAGAAACUAACAGAAAUAUGUAUCAUAUGUUUCUAAAGGUACAGCAGUAUGAAUUCAGAAUCAAAUUGUAUUAGAUCAAAGUUGUGAUGACGUUAUCAAAUGUAUUGUUUUUGCUAUACCCGAAAUAUACAUGUACAUGUACAGGUUACUACAUGUAUGAUGUAGUCAAGUUUCUGUGUACUUGAUAACAAUGUCUAUAGAUAAGAUUAACUAUGUUUAUGGAUCUCUUAACUUUAUAAUCACUACUACAUACAUGUACAGUAGAUGGUUAUAUUUAAUAAGCAUAAUAUGUAGAUAUCUUCGUCUAAUCUCUGGUGGUUUCCCUUCAUUUAUAACCUGGGACCUUAUGUCAAUGUUAGAUUUGUCUUAUUAAAACUAUCCAGGUCAUAUAAUGUAUUUGUGCUCCACUUCAACCAGUACUUACAGUUAAAUAUGUAAUCUCUAUUAUUUUCAUACACCCACAUUAAAAUGUAGUACAGUAGAUGUAUUUAGGUGUCACCCCUGCCUGUAAAUACUCCUGAUGCUAAAGUUAUUAGCUAGCCCAGUUGAUGCAGAAAAGUGGGGGACAUUUCUAAAAUAUCAUUUCGUUGACUCGUACACAGGGUUUCUAUGUUCAUGAGACUAAGAAGUCCAUUGAAUCGAAAAAUAUGUGGACGUGCGAAAAACCCAUUAAUUUCAUUGUAAGCGAAGUUAUACCUGUUUGAAGAUGUGGCUAAAAUCUGUGCUAUCCGAUGAACUAGAGAGUUGAUUAUAAUAAUAAUAAUAUGUCUAAAUAAUAAUUUAUAAAACAUUUGAAACCAAAGUAAAGACCUGCGAUAGGUAGAUUUAGCUCUGCCCUAAUGCAUCUUUAAUCGCAAUAGGUAGAUUUAGCUCUGCCCUAAUGCAUCAUUAAUCUUGUCUCUCAUCUUUGUCUAUAGCAACGUGGUAUCAAUAAUAGCGGAUUCACUUUGAAUUUUAAAUCUAAAAUGUUGUCGAGACAGUGUUUCUUUAUUUGUAAACAUGGGGUUUAAUUGUUUUUUUAAAUGCUACAGGUUUAAAUUUUCUUGACCGAAUCUCUCCACCUAAAAAAUGUCUGGACUGUAAGUGGAACUACCAUGUAAAGUCUGAAAUUAUUUCUAUUAAAUUACUACCGAUUAAAGGUGUGCAGGAGAUACAAUGAUCUAUGUGCAUGCCUUAUCUAGGUUAUUUAAACCAUCAAGGAUACACGGUUGUUACACGUUGAUUAUUAUGGGAUAUAAGUCAAGGUUAGAUAUAAUAAACACAACUGUUUGUUUCUUAUCUUAAAAUUCAUAUUGACAUUAGGGUUUAUCUAAACUGAGGUUUCCUAAUUCAUAUUGAUAAAAUCAAAACCAUAUCUGGAUUAUACAUGCUAAUAUCAGCCCACCAUUCAUCAGUAGUGGUGUUUUAUUAAAGGGAGAUAAAUCAUUCUGUACAAAAUAUGAUUAAUGCCCGUUGCUUGGUUUGUAAUUAUUGCUGAAUAUCCAGUUUAUCAGCUUUCAUUCAAAAUGCGUUUGAAUAUGAAUUUUUGCUAAUUAUGUUAUUAUUGAUAUAUAUUAUUUUAUUAGGCAGAUUCUGAGAGUGAACGUUGCCUUGACAAAAUUUUACACAAACUUUGAUAUUUCAACUAGAUGGUAUUGUAUGAAAAAUUCUUCACGUAAACACAAGUAUUUUGUUAGUAUUGGAUAACAGGAAUGUUGUACCAAACAAUUCUAAUAUGAUUUGAUGUUUUCACAAAUAUUCCUUGAUCAGUUGGGACAGUAUGUUUUUAAAGACAAAUAUAAAAUUUGAAACGACUUCCAUCCCCGUACAUGUAAAAAUUAUUUUAAGAAACUAGGGAUAUGGGAUCUCCUUAAUAAUAGAGAACACGCUGGAUUAUUUGUUUUAUCUCGUUUUCAUUAACCCCCAUUUAUAUUCACAAAACAUGUGUCAUUUUUAAUUUGUUCUUCACAAUUUUUAUCUUUGAACUGCACCACAUUUUUUUCAUAUUUGUAAAUUAAAUCAAUAAAUCAAUAUUAAUCAAACUGCUGUAAAUCCAUUGUUUAUUUUUAUGUCAAUGAAUAUCUACCUGUAUAUCAUCAUCAUUUAUUUUACCUGUCAUCAAAGUGUCUAAUAAUUGUUCACUAUGUUCGUGUAUUGGGCUUUGGAUAUUUUAGGUUAUCGUUUUUUUAUGAUUUGUAAUAAAUCCCAAUAUUUGAGGAAAA